AUGACCAUCCUCGUCACCGGCGGCACUGGAAAGACUGGACUCGCGGGCGUCGCCCCUGAACCCUUCAAGGCGGUCAAAUUCGACUGGCAUGAACCGAGCACGUUCGAGAACCCGUUCCACGCUGACACCAAAAUCGACCGCGUGUACCUCGUCGCCCCGAAUGAGGUUGACUGCCUCGCGCUCAUGAAGCCGUUCAUCGACCUCGCGAUCACCAAGGGCGUCAAGCGCUUCGUAUUGAUCACCGUGACACAGGCGGAGAAGGGAGGGCCAUUCUAUGGCAAGGUGCAUGAGUACCUGGCCAACCUAGGGGUCGAUUAUGUCGUCCUCCGUCCGACGUGGUUCAUGGAGAACUUUGUGACUUACGCUCGUGGGAUCCGGGACAAUGAUUCAAUCGUAUCGGUCACGAAGACUGCCCGCCUCCCGUUCGUCGCUAUCGAGGACAUUGCACAAGCGGCGUUCGAUGCGCUCGUUGCAGAGAAGAGCGCCAACACCGACGUCUACGUAAUCGGUCCAGAGCUCUGGUCCUAUGACGGGGUAGCCGCCGCCUUGACGGAAAUCUUAGGAAGGAAGAUAACACACAAGCAGAUUACUCACCAGCAGCAGACAGACCUCUUCAAGUACCUCGGAAUGUCGGACGAGUUUGCCACCUUGCUGAGCGACAGCGAGAUUCGCCUUGAGGAGGGGUCUGAGGAAGCAAUCGUUGGCAGUCCAAAGGCGAUUGUUGGCAAAAGAAGGUUGCGUGACUAUCUCGAGGCCAAUAAGAACGUCUGGAUAAAGGGAUCGUCUUUGCUCUAG